AUGCUCGUUCGUCUUGUGUCUGUUGUCGCGCUCUCGGCGACUAUCGCCAACGCGCAUCUGGCUGCCUGGCAUAAGGGCAUGUACGGUCUGAAUGGCGUAUCUGGUUCAAUAAAUUAUAACUCUGACGAUGUUGUUCACCCGCUCUACCAAAUGUCCAAGAGCGACUGGUGGUUCCACGGCUACAACGGCGUCCCUAACUUCCCUCCAGCCGAGGGCGACUUUCUUGAACUGCCAGCGGGAGGGUCCUUCACCGUCGAGAUUGCCUCCAACCGUGGAGAGACCUCACUUGGCUUCAACGGCAAAUAUGCUACCUCAUGGCCCGACGGUAAAAACUAUCCUGAGGACUACAAUGUUCCGACCUGCAUCACGUCCCCCAACAUGCAUACGCAGAACCAAUCCAGAGCUGCUGGAACUGCAUUUGCUAUUUCCUAUACAUCCGACAUCAAGAAAGUGACCCCAGAGAAUCUUGCGGUCUUUACUGUCCGUUAUCACACUCCCUGGAAGAGGUUAACGAGCUAUGACGUCCCCGCCGACAUGCCCGCUUGCCCUUCUGGUGGCUGCAUCUGUGCUUGGGGAUGGGUUCCCAAUGGAUGCGGUCAGCCGAACAUGUACCACCUGCCUUACCGAUGCAAGGUCACUGGUGCUAAAAGCACUAAGGCCAUCGGCCCCGCAAAGGCGCCUGUGUGGUGCGAGAAUAACGCCGGCGGCUGCACAAAGGGCCCCAAGCAAAUGAUAUACUGGAACCAAAACGAGGGAAAUAACAUCAGAGUGGACGGCUGGGACGCUGCUGGGGAUCCGAAGAGCCCAGCCUACAACUCCAAAUGUGGUUUCCCCGAUGGUGCUCAGUAUGACAUCUUCACGGGAGGCACCUCGAGCCCACCUUCCAACCCACCCCCUUCAUCAAACGAUGACAAUAAACCGUCAUCCAACGCCGAUAAGUCCUCUUCCAACACCGAUAAAUCAGCCUCGACGGACACCCAGAAGAAGGUUGCUACAACCUCUAACACAUCGUCCUCCUCCUCCGAUCCUGCUCCUAAAUGCGAGAAACGUAGUCACCGCAAGCGCCGAGCAGAUAUGCAGGCGCGGGCCAAUAGUGUCACUUUCCACCGACGCCGUCAUGCUCAUCAUGGCCUCUAA